AUGAAUAUGUUGGAUGAUGAAGAUGACCAAAGCUUUCACGCUACGCGUGACGGCUACUCCCAUUUGAGCGAUGUCGAAUGGGAUGCGGUUGAACGAAUGGGUUCGACCAUGGGCAUCCAUGCUGUUAGCGUCAUGCUAGAGGCUCUCAAUAGAGAUGCCCAACAUGCUACUAUCGCCAAGUUCAUUCAAAGUGAACUUGACGCAGAACGCGAGAAAGUAGCCUUGCUUCACCAACAAGGUUCUCAACAAGCAGAGUUGUUGAGAGAACAAGGUGCUCAACAGUUUGAACUGUUGAGACAGCAGCAGGCUGCUGCUGGCGGGUCGAUGCACUCGCGUCGGCCCGAGACUUUGAAGAUUGACAUCUCAAAGGCGCGUCGCAUCGACGACGGGGAUAUGCAAGUUGCAUUUGCCCAGUCAAAUCUGGCAGGACGUGCCAAGACUUGGGCACUGGGGCUCAAGCUGCACGACCCAUAUGCGUUUGGGUCGUUGGAAGUCUUCAAGUCGCGGCUCAGACAAACGUUUGAACCGCCUAGAGCUGAGUUCAGAGCUCGAACCGAACUCUUGAAGCUCAAGCAGGGUAAGCGUGAUGGUCUUGCGGAUGGUCCCGUCAAGACUCACCUGUUCCGGCUUGAACUAGAUUCACUAGAACAAGCCAUUUCAAUUGCGGAGCAGGAAGACUUCAGUCUGAGACAGGCUCGCGCCAGCUCGACAUCAUAUCGUCAACCGAGACGAUAUGACAACGGAGGUCCAGAGCCGAUGGAACUCUGUUAUGUAGAGAGCGAGAAGGCUCGCUCUACAGGCUACAAGAAGUUGCAGAGAUGCAACAGAUGUCAAAAGACAGGACACUACGCUUACGAGUGUAGUGCCCCUCGUCCAGUGUCUCGCGACACUGGGCGUAGUGACCGUCCACCCAUGAGAAAGGGGCAGGGACGAGGGUCCGCAGUUGGUGCAAAGACGCAACAACGGGAUGGACCGUCAAAAAACGGACAGGAUCAGUAG